AUGAGCAAGAGGGCUUCAAACAUGCCUGGGCUCAAGCUCAUGGCAUCCGCAGUUUGUUCAGUCCUUCCUUCCAUAUCUCGCAUCUCAUGGCUCUCCGUGGUGUGCCUGGUCCUGGCCUUGGGCCCGAGCUUCUGCGUGCGCCCUGAGAUCUUCGCAGAGCUCGUCUGGCGUAGCGGGAGACGGGAGCAGGCAGCCGCCGUGUCUUCCGAGCCGCUGCCGGCCAGAUCCAGCAGCGUGGCUGAGACGGAGACCGUGGACUCUCCGGACUGCACCGGAGAUCUGGAGGCCCUUGAGCAGCUCGGGAUCCACGGAGAGGGCGCUCGCUGCUCCUGGCCGGGCAUCCGCUGUGAUAAAAACGGCUGCGUGACUGAGAUCACUCGCCGCGAUGCGCGGGGCGACGUGAAUGCCGUUGCAUCCCUGCGGCAACUCCAACGUUUGGAUCUCUCUAAGUCAAACGUCCACGGGCAGCUCGAUCAGUUGCGCGAUCUGUGGCAGCUCAAGCACCUGGACCUUUCACGGACGAAAGUCAGCGGGCGCCUGGAGGACUUGGAGAAUCGGAGUGGGCUGGAGGUCCUAGACCUGUCGGAAGCCAACAUCAGUGGCCAUCUAGGGAACCUGUCAAAGCUCGAUUCCUUGCGGAUGUUGGAGCUCGCUGACACAAACAUAGAGGGCAGGCUCGAGGAUUUGACGCGCCUCAAGAGCCUGCAGCGCCUGGUCCUCCCUCUUCAACAGCUCUCCGGUGGCCUCGAAGCCUUGAAGGGCGCGACGGAUCUCGAGGUCCUGGACUUGCGCGACAGCCAGGUCGAUGGCAAUCUAGACGCUCUGCAGGGGAUGAGCCGCCUCCGAGGGGUGGAUUUGCGCAAGACCCACAUCUCCGGCAGCCUCACCUUCCUGGAGGGCAAGGAGAAGAUGCAGUCCCUGAACUUGGCCAAAACGUUGGUCAAGGGCGAGCUCGGCCCUUUGCGCGGACACACCGCGCUCCGCAAGCUGGACUUGAGGAAGAGCCAAGUCGGCGGUGAUCUCACGCCAUUGAAGAACCUCAAAGAGCUCCAAGAAUUGUACCUCCGCGAAACCGUCGUCUUCGGAGGGCUGGAGCCUUUGGCGGACCUGACGCGAUUGCUGCAGUUGGACCUGGCAAAGACCAGGGUGUCGGGCCCACUGGCUCCGUUGCAACGUCUCACCGAGCUUCACGAGUUGUAUCUCGACGACACGCAGGUCUCUGGAGACCUGCAGUUUAUCCGACAUCUCCGCCGCCUCAAGGGCUUGUACCUCAGCCACACGGAGAUCUCCGGAGACCUGGCGGCGGUUGAAGAGCUCACCGACCUCCUGGGCCUGGAGCUGAGCGGAGCGAAGAACGUUGGAGGCGAGCUGGGAAGUUUGGAGAAGCUUAGGAAGUUGGAUUAUCUGAGGCUGCCUCAGACGCAAGUCUCGGGCAAUCUCAGCCACAUAAGCCGGCUGGGAAGGUUGGAGCUUUUGGAUCUGAGCGAGACGGGAGUCUCAGGCAACCUCAAGGGUCUAGGCAAGCUAGGUCUCGUGGAACUAGACCUCCGCCAGACGGCAGUCUGGGGGGACGUGGCCGAUCUAGUAGAUUCAGUAGACUAUAUGGAGAGCUUGGACCUGAGUGCCACAGCCGUCGCCGGCGACCUCACAGCCCUCACAAAGUUCCACAAUCUCAAAAACGCGUUUUUGUCGGGGACCCGGGUGACCGGCUGGCUCUCCGCCGGCUGGCAGAGUUGCUGCAAACACCUGCGCGAGCUGGAUCUCGCCGACAGCCAGGUGGGUGGCCUGCGGCCGCUGGGAGAGGAGCAGCCACCCGGGAUCCUGCCCUCACUUGAGCGCCUGAACGUGAGCGGCUGCCUGCUCAACGGCACCGCUGCGGAGCUCUUGGUUCCCCUAGCGGCGACACCGCUGAAGAGCCUCGCGGCCGCCCGCAGCGGCCUGCGCGGUGAGCUGCGAGAGCAGCUGGAUGGCAGCCAGAACGAUGGCUGGGUCAGCCGUUUGGAGAAGAACCUCGAAUACCUGGACCUGGCUGGAAAUCAGCUCAGUGCCAUUCCCCGCCUUGGAGCAAGCGUAAAACAUCUGGAUCUCAGCAGCAAUGCUGGCCCCGUGACAUUCGGCCGCGGCGUGCUGACCCAGGUGGUGCUGAACCACACGGAGGUUCACAUGGAGGGCACGCGCCUGCAGAACCCGGAGGAGGUCCAAGAGGAGGCGCUGCGUCUCAAGAAGGAGCUGCCGAUGCAGGAGUCCAGGCGAACCCUGCACGCCGCGGGCUAUGCCUGCGCCGACUUUGCGCUCCACGCGCUGCGCGUGACCCCGGACCUCUUCUUGCCCCAGUACAUGUGCAAGUGCCAGCCCGGCCACUUCGGAAAGGGUGCCAACUGCAAGGACUGCCCAGCCAACACCUUCGCAGAUGACGAGGACCAGCCGAAGUGCGAGGAGUGCCCAGCCAACAGCACUUCUGUGAACGGCUCUGCGGCGCUGACGGCAUGCGAUUGCAGCUAUGGCAAGCCUCGGGGCGAUCCGGGGAACCGGAGUUGCCAGUGCGGGGUGCACACGGCACAGCUCGGGGGUUUCUGUGUGCCAUGCAGCAAGCUCCACAUCGACUGUCCUGAGCACGGCAGCAUCGCAGCAGAUGCACCGGUGGAAGAAGGCUAUGCCCGAAUCUCCGGCUCCCUUCAGGUCUUCCGCUGCUUGGAGGCAGAGCGUUGCACGCCCUUCACGGAUUCGGGCUGUGCAGCUGGAUACUCCGGGCCCUUGUGUGUGGAGUGCGCUCCUAACUACCAUUCGUUCAACUUCGGCAAGCUCUGCGACAAAUGCCAGAGCCUGCGCCAGCAGUCGGUGGUCUUAGUCUUCGUGGUCUCCUCGGCAACUCUGGCGCUGGUGGGCGCCUUCGUUGCUGCAGCCUGGCUCCUGAGGAGCUACGUCCCGAAGCCUGGUCUGGGAAUGGAGUGCGCAGCGCAGCUCCUGGUGUCCCAAGGGGCGGUGCUGCUGCAGCUGGCGCAGCUCUGGGUCUUGCUGGCGCGCCUGACGAGUGCCAGGGAGGCACAAGAAGUUUUACAGGAAGUGGUUGCGGCCAAUGUCACAGAUGACAUCCCGACCCCUGAGGAGUUGAACAUGGAUCGUGAUCCACUGCUGUCCUACAUCGAAAUCCUACAGUUUACGGGCUCGGAGUUGCAAAGCUUCCUGGACUUCCAGUGCCGUUACGACGGUGCGACCGUCCGGGGCAUUUUCGCCCUUGCCACGCCCCUCCUUCCCUUGCUGGUCCUGGUUGCAUGCGCCUGCCUAGAGCUUCGGAACCUUGGCAUGGGCAUCCAGCUGGCCCUUCGAGCCCUGACGGUCCUCUUCGUGGGAGGGGCCUCCGGCGCGGUGAGGCUCUUGGGCUGCCAGCGGGCUGACGGCGAAGGCACCUGGAUACCGGACGAGCUGGCCUUCCGGCCACUUUUCCCGUGGCUCCGGUGCUCGAAGGAGAUCGCCGCAGCCGCCUGGGUGGACCGAAUCGGUUGGAGCACCACCGCCGUCUACGGCGGUGCGGUGCCCUGUUUCCUCGCCUUCCUUUUCUUCAAGCAGCACCGCACCAUGCGGCAGUGCAAGACCUUCUUUGUCGUCAGUGCCAACCAGGAGAGCGGCAGCAUCCACUUGGAGCUCACUGCGUGCGCAAAGUCGGAGCACUUCGAGGAGGGGCUCCUGGCAAGGCGCCUGCUGGGGGCCGCAGCGGCCCACCUGGCGGUGCAGAGGCCGGGGGAAGCUCUGGUGGAGCUCCACGAAAACGCGGUGAUUGUGACCCCACAACAUGGCAUCAGUGACGAAGAGAAGAGUGGCGGCUUUUCUUCCAUCUCGGCCGAGAGCUUCAUCAUGGAGAGCGACAUCAAAGACACCGUGCUUACACGGAACUACAUGAUGCAGAUGCUUACGGAGCGCAGCGUCUUAGAGGAGAUCCAAUCAGACAGAAUGCUGAUCGGGGCGAAGCAACUUCUUUGCAAGUAUGCCUACUGCGGUGGCGUCUGGAUGGAAGUCGCGUUGAAACUGAGCUCCGCGUGCCUCGUUUCCGUCGUCUCGUCGAGGGAUGGCCUCUGGCUGUCCGUGGCAAUCACCUUCGGAAUGGCUGUGAUCGUCGGCAGCGUCCGCCCCUUUGCGCAGCCCCAGGUGAACACGCUCCAGAGCUUCAGCUUCUGUUGCCUGGCUCUCGCCGCAGUGGGCUUCGCGCACCGCUGGACCUCUCUGACCCACCUGACCCUCUUGGCGCCGGUGGUGCUGACGGCUCUUCAACUUCUGCGCCCGGACUCCCCGGAAGUUUUGGCCCUGCGGCUUCAGCAGGAGCUGGCGAAGCAGAUCGAUGCCUUGCGGCGUGGUGAGAGUGCGAGAGUCUGCGCGGAAGAAGUGCGCCUCCUGUAA